AUUUACCACAAGUCCGACUGUUACACACCACUUAAUUAACACAGUGAAUAUGAGAAAAUUAUGUCAUCCUUUGUCCAGCACCACAAUAAUGUAAGUAGCUACAAUCCUCAUUCUCACUGAAGUAUUUAGGAAACAACUAACGUUAGGGUCAUGUUGGUUAAUGUAAAAAAAAAAAAAAAAGAAGAACUUUGUGAGAUCUGUUUAGUAAUAAUUAAUGAAGUGGAUAUUGAAAUGUAGUUGAAUUUGUAUGACAGUAGAUUUGAGUCCCAUCUCUGCGUAGCCUGUGGGAGGGGGUGUGGGACCGUUUGUAUUUGCAGCACGCCCGGUGCAUCUGCGGGGUAGCUGUGUUGGGGUAGCUGUGUUAAAGGUCAAAGUGCUGGGAGACACUAGCCGAUCACUCACUGUUCACAUGGGCAACAAAAAUUCUGAACUCAUCAUGAGCGGGCAGAGUGGCUGGCGGGUCUGCGUACCGACAUCCAUACCCACACACGCAGUCAACUGAUUUGUGCAAUCAAUCCAUUUGUGCAGUUAAAUGACUGAACCCUCUUAACUAUAGUAAAUGCGUUAUACCAAUAGCCGGGGCUGGCCCUAAGCGAGCAUAACAUUCUGGCAAAACAUUUUACUUGUUUACUUGACAUUUUUUAGUUUUAAAGUUAAUUUACUGCAAUUCUAUACAUUUUGCCAUUGCUUAUAGAGAAUAUAUUGCAGUUUUAAAGCAAUUCUACAUAUUUCCCAUAGGGCAGAGAAAAUGUUGAAAUUUUCUUAACACAUUUCAUGCAAUUCUACUCAUUUUGCCAUGGGGUGGAGAGAAAUUUGAGUAGUUUUAAAGUGAAUUUCCUGCAAUUCUACACAGUUUACCAUGACUAAUGCUAUGUUAAUAUAAUAUCUGAGUGAGAGUGACAAACAAAAUGAUUGGGGGCCUCCUGGAGGUUAAGGCCCCUGGGCACGUGCCCUCUGUUCCUGGUUGGUAUUCGGCCAUGAUUACUACGUUUAGAUAGCUGACUAGACUCAUUUACUGCUCAAAAAAGUGUUAGCAGACAUGGCUAAUUGAGUGACUGUCAGUGACUGACAUAUCAAGAUAAAACCUGCUGAUGCACAACCAAACUUCGAAAUUGUGUCUUGUGUAUUCUAACUCUCAGCAGUCAUUUUAAUUUUUUGGGGGUCGGGGCCCUUUUUUGGAAAUUGAUCCGCAAGCCUACAAAAGGCCCAGUUGCCCAUCCCUGAUUUACAUAUUUUGUUAGUAUUGGUAGACAAGUAAAUCAAUAGAAGAAUCAAUUGUGUUAGGUAUCUAAAUAUUUACUGAAGUGUGUAUAGAGAAAAGCUACUGAUACAGUAUGAACAUUGUGUUUAUUAACCAGCUGAAGAAUAAUGACAGUUGUUCCAAUCAUCAUUUUUUUUUGUUUCUUUAUGGACAGAAAAGUCAUUGACAAAAAUCAUUUCAUAUUUCACUUUAAGCAUUUGAUAUUUUGUAAUAUAAAAUUUCAACCCAUGUCCAAUGAGCUUAUGUGUCCUCGGAGUCAGAGAAAGGAUAAUUAUGAAUCACAGGGAAUAAGUACAUGACAUUAUGAUGAGAUACAUUGAGUAUAACAAACAUUCGGAACACCUUUCUAAUAUUGAAUUGCACCCCCUCUUUUGCCCUCAGAACCAUAGCCGCGGGAAGUAGGGGUGCUGAGGGUGCUGCAGCGCCGGCUGAAAAUCGGAAUAAAACAUAUACAGUGGGGAGAACAAGUAUUUGAUACACUGCCGAUUUUGCAGGUUUUCCUACUUACAAAGCAUGUAGAGGUCUGUAAUUUUUAUCAUAGGUACACUUCAACUGUGAGAGACGGAAUCUAAAACAAAAAUCCAGAAAAUCACAUUGUAUGAUUUUUAAGUAAUUAAUUUGCAUUUUAUUGCAUGACAUAAGUAUUUGAUACAUCAGAAAAGCAGAACUUAAUAUUUGGUACAGAAACCUUUGUUUGCAAUACAGAGAUCAUACGUUUCCUGUAGGUCUUGACCAGGUUUGCACACACUGCAGCAGGGAUUUUGGCCCACUCCUCCAUACAGACCUUCUCCAGAUUCUUCAGGUUUCGGGGCUGUCGCUGGGCAAUACGGACUUUCAGCUCCCUCCAAAGAUUUUCUAUUGGGUUCAGGUCUGGAGACUGGCUAGGCCACUCCAGGACCUUGAGAUGCUUCUUACGGAGCCACUCCUUAGUUGCCCUGGCUGUGUGUUUCGGGUCAUUGUCAUGCUGGAAGACCCAGCCACGACCCAUCUUCAAUGCUUUUACUGAGGGAAGGAGGUUGUUGGCCAAGAUCUCGCGAUACAUGGCCCCAUCCAUCCUCCCCUCAACACGGUGCAGUCGUCCUGUCCCCUUUGCAGACAAGCAUCCCCAGAGAAUGAUGUUUCCACCUCCAUGAUUCACGGUUGGGAGGGUGUUCUUGCGAUUGUACUCAUCCAACUUCUUCCUCCAAACAUGGCGAGUGGAGUUUAGACCAAAAAGCUAUAUUUUUGUCUCAUCAGACCACAUGACCUUCUCCCAUUCCUCCUCUGGAUCAUCCAGAUGGUCAUUGGCAAACUUCAGACGGGCCUGGACAUGCGCUGGCUUGAGCAGGGGGACCUUGCGUGCACUGCAGGAUUUUAAUCCAUGACGACGUAGUGUGUUACUAAUGGUUUUGUUGGAGACUGUGGUCCCAGCUCUCUUCAGGUCAUUGACCAGGUCCUGCCGUGUAGUUCUGGGCUGAUCCCUCACCUUUCUCAUGAUCAUUGAUGCCCCACGAGGUGAGAUCUUGCAUGGAGCCCCAGACCGAGGGUGAUUGACCGUCAUCUUGAACUUCUUCCAUUUUCUAAUAAUUGUGCCAACAGUUGUUGCCUUCUCACCAAGCUGCUUGCCUAUUGUCCUGUAGCCCAUCCCAGCCUUGUGCAGGUCUACAAUUGUAUCCCUGAUGUCCUUACACAGCUCUCUGGUCUUGGCCAUUGUGGAGAGGUUGGAGUCUGUUUGAUUGAGUGUGUGGACAGGUGUCUUUUAUACAGGUAACGAGUUCAAACAGGUGCAGUUAAUACAGGUAAUGAGUGGAGAACAGGAGGGCUUCUUAAAGAAAAACUAACAGGUCUGUGAGAGCCGGAAUUCUUACUGGUUGGUAGGUGAUCAAAUACUUAUGUCAUGCAAUAAAAUGCAAAUUAAUUACUUAAAAAUCAUACAAUGUGAUUUUCUGGAUCUUUGUUUUAGAUUCCGUCUCUCACAGUUGAAGUGUACCUAUGAUAAAAAUUACAGACCUCUACAUGGUUUGUAAGUAGGAAAACCUGCAAAAUCGGCAGUGUAUCAAAUACUUGUUCUCCCCACUGUAUAUAUAUAUUUUACCACAAAAGUAGUGCACUAGGCCUUAAUAGUCCUGUAUCGGGUAUGCUGGCCCAUGUUGCCUCCAAUGCUUCCCACAAUUGUGUCAAGUUGGCUGGAUGUCCAUUGGGUGGGGGACCAUUCUUGAUACACAUGGGAAACUGUUGAGCGUAAAAAAAACAGCAGCGUUGCAUUUCUUGACACAAACCGGUGCACCUGGCACCUUCUACCAUACCCCAUUAAAAGGCACUGACAUAUUUUGUCUUCCCCACUCACCCUCUGAAUGGCACACAUACACAAUCCAUGUCUCAAAUGUCUCAAUGCUUAAAAAUCCUUAUUUAACCUGUCUCCUCCCCUUCAUCUACACUGAAUGAAGUGGAUUUAACAAGUGACAUUAAUAAGGGAUCAUAGCUUUCACUUGGAUUCACCUGGUCAGUCAAUGUCAAGGAAAGAGCAGGUGCUCUUAAUGUUUUGUACACUCAGUGGAUAUUCCUUUAUCUGUUAACAGAGUGACACCAUGGAAGUUGAUGAGCUGUACUACCCUGGCAGUCAGAACCAGGAAGAGUCCCAGUGUCACCCUAUGGCCAUGGGAGACAUGGAGGCGGUGGAGGCUCUUAUGUUCAUGAACAGCCACAGGAAAGCCAGGACUUCCAGGAGUUUCAAGCACAGAGAGUUCCGACCUCUGACCCCUUCCUCUGACUUCUCAGAGGAUGACUCUCGUCUCUCACUUGACCCGUCUGAGGUCCGAGAGUCUCUGGUAAAUUUCCUGUGUUACUUGUGUGUGUUCUCUCAAGUUCUGUCACAUACAUUCACCGUGAUAAUCCUCCAUACUAAGUGAAAUAUAAUAAAUAUAAUCUCACAAUGUAGAGAUUAUAUCGUUUCGUAACCAUUUCCUUGUUUUUUUUUGCCCUCCGUCUCAGUGUAUGACCCCACCAUACAGCCCGCCAAACUCUGAGGCCAUUUACAGUCAUCCUUCUCCAGAGACAGUGCUGCAGCAUCCAGUGGCAGUACAGACCUCCUGGUGCCAGAGCCAUAACCCACGGCCAGAACAGCAGGGCUUGACACAGACAGUCAGCCAGCCCCGAUCACAGGCCACCAGUGUGAUCCGUCACACUGCAGAUGCACAGCACUGCAGCUGGAGCAUCUGUCCAGCCGCCCCCCUGCAGCACAGACUACCCCAACCCCGGCCCCAUCAGCCCCAGCCAAGCCCAGACAGCACCAACAACCCCCUGGCAGAUAGGCUAUCUGACAGGGACUCCAAAGGGAACAUGACACCCCUUGACUCCUAUGCUGCACCGGCUGCCACCCAGGCUCCGGUAACUGUGACUCUGCCAGCCUCUGUUGGUAAAUUCCACCAGCCUACAUCGGUGUCCCCUGUCAACUGUGGGGUUUCUCCUUCUCCUGUUCCGGUUUACUGCCAGAUACUACCUGCUGUGCCUACUGCAGCGAACAGUCAUAUUCCAAUGGUCACCACCACCAGUCACCAACAACAGUCAGUAGCAGUUGAUCCUCCUUCAGUCUUCUUCAUGGGUGACCAGGUGACAAAGGGCCCUAUCAUCUUCUUGGUUCCCCGGCCAGUUGUCCCGAUCCAGCCGUCAGUGCUGACCCCUGGUGGCACCAAGCUGCCAGCCAUCGCCCCAGCGCCAGGCUUCACCUCAGUGGUCCAGCGGAGCAGCCCGCAGCCCGCUGAGGUGUCCAGAGUCCGCAGCCAUAUCUGCCCCCACGAGGACUGUGGCAAGACCUACUUUAAGAGCUCCCACCUCAAGGCCCACAUGAGGACUCACACAGGUAAGACAGGGCUGGUGGGGAGUCAGGUUUAAAUGUUACAAGUUCAGGUAGUUGCCUUUUUCUUUACAAGUAACACAAGCAUUACAUAUUGUAGAAAUAACAACAGAGGUUAUCUCAGGUUUUUGUAAAGUUAGUGUUAUUUUCUUUGGCCUCCUCUUGCUACUUUAAUGGUGCUGUAAUUGCACAAAAGCCACAAUGUUCAAAGACCUCCUUACAUGGCGUAAUAACAAGGUCAGGUAAUCCCCCCUCUUGGCCUGUAUGGCUGACUGUGUGUUUUUGUGUAACACUAGUCUUUCCUCUAUGUGUUCUGUUCAGGUGAGAAACCUUUCAAGUGUAGGUGGGAAGGCUGUGAGAGACGCUUCGCCCGGUCCGACGAGCUAUCACGCCACCGUAGAACCCACACGGGAGAGAAGCGCUUCGCCUGCCCCAUGUGCCACAGCCGCUUCAUGCGUAGUGACCACCUGGCCAAGCACGCCCGUCGACACCUAGCCACCAAGCAGGUGGGAGUCCGUCACAGCGGUGAUGUUACACAUGCAGUGUUUUUGGCACCGUUCCUUCGUUCUCUGCCCUGAACAAACUGUUGCCUUAAAGACACUGUAGAAUAAGCUGGUUCUUCAUUAAAUAGGAAGGAACUCAUUCACUGUGAUACUGCUCACUGAAGACUUCAAUGCACAUCAAUGCAAUUAAUUACAUGUUGAAUUCUUAUAGAACUAUAGAAUUGUUAGACGUGUUUACAGUUUCUUGACUUACAAUUUCAUAUUUCAUUCAGGUCCACUUGAGAGAUUAUGUUGUUAUUAGCGUUUCAAUGUGUGAUGAAUGAUAGCAGGGUUUUACUCCUUUACAUUGAGUUUGAUGAACUCUUACUUGUUGAAGAUUAUGAAAAUAUUAUUGUUUA